AUGAGCCAAACCCGAAAACCAAUCGCCAUAUGCGGCGUUGCAUUGAGGCUUCCGGGCAAUGUCAACAGCGCAGAGAAGUUGUGGGAAGCACUUCGAGACGGCCGCGAUAUGCGUGGCCCAGUCCCAAAGAGCCGAUAUAAUCACGAGGGUUUUGGCGAUGCAUUGGGUGAAAAGGGUGCUAUAAAGUCUCAGCACGGGUAUUUUCUGGAGGAAGACCCUGGAUGCUUCGAUACAUCUAUGUUGUCUCUGACAGAAGAAGAAGCCCAGAGGACGGAUCCUCAGCAGCGACUUCUUCUGGAGAUAGCGUAUGAAUGCUUUGAAAACUCGGGCCUUACUAGAUACCGAGGGUCUACGACUGGAACCUACAUUGGAACCUUUGGUGAAGAUUGGCUGUAUUCGCAGGCGAAAGAAGAUCAACACAGCGGUGGCUAUAUUCUGGGUGGUCAAGCUGACUUGAUGCUGGCGAACAGAGUCUCAUAUGAGUACGACCUCCAUGGACCCAGCAUGGUCAUCAAAACAGGUUGCUCGGCCACCCUAGUUGCUCUUCAUGAAGCAUGCAGAGCACUUCAGCUUGGUGAUUGUUCCGGUGCCCUCGUUGCAGGAUCAAAUCUUAUUCUUGGACCAACUUUAACAGCUGCCAUGGCCUCGGAAGGAAUUCUUUCGCCGGAAGGAUCAUGCAAAAGCUUUUCGGCAGAGGCGGAUGGAUUUGCCAGAGGCGAAGCAGUAGUAGCUGUUUAUAUCACGACAUUGGAUCGUGCUGUCCAAGAAAAUUUGCCCAUCCGAGCCGUUAUUGCUAAUACGGGUGUAAAUUCCAAUGGCAAAAGUGCCAGCAUCCUUCAACCCAACAUGAACGCUCAGGCUGAACUGAUUCGAAGAGUUUAUGCCGACAUCGAUUUGAAUCCCGAUCGUACUGCAUACGUGGAAUGUCAUGGCACCGGGACCCCGACUGGAGAUCCUAUCGAGGUCACGGCUGUUGGCGAGGUUUUCGGUACACAGGGCGUGAUGAUAGGCUCAUUGAAACCUAAUUUUGGCCAUUCGGAGGGCUGUUCGGGCCUCAGCUCUCUUAUCAAAAGUAUCGUCAUGCUCGAGAAAAGUAUGAUUGUCCCCAAUAUCAAAUUCGAGAUGCCCAACCCGAAGAUCGACUUUCAAAGAUACAAGCUGCAAGUACCCCAACGACCAGAUCCUUGGCCUCGGAAUCGCGACUUCCGCAUUUCUAUCAAUUCUUUCGGGAUCGGUGGGACCAAUGCUCAUGUUAUUGUUGAGCAUCCCUUUAGCUAUGUUGCUGAAUUUCAAGAGAUACCACGCUCCCUAAUGGAGACACCAAGACUUCUGUUGAUGUCCGCCGCCACAUCGUCUGCUCUCCAUGACAGUAUCCAUCAUGUCCAAGAUUAUGCGCAAAUCCACCCAGGCUUGCUAUCGGAUUUGGAAUACACGCUAAUUCACCACCGAGAACAUCAUCGAUUGAGAACUUUUGCGGUUCAAGGGAAUGACCUUGAAUUCCGGGCGGCUCCUGUGUUGAAAAUUCCCCCCAAGGGUCUGAGCAUAACAAUGGUCUUCAGUGGACAAGGGGCGCAGUGGGCACAAAUGGGUCUGGACCUUCUCAAUAACCCGGUUUUCAACGAAUCAAUCGAGGCCAUGGACAGCAUAUUGAAAACCUUGAUACAUCCGCCGCAAUGGUCUAUUAAACAUCAGUUACAAGCAGCACACGAGGUCAGCAUGAUCAAUGAGGCAGAGAUUUCGCAGCCGAUUUGCACCGCGUUGCAGAUUGCAUUGAUUGACAUGUUGGCUUCAGUAGGGGUGAAACCUAAUGGGGUCGUGGGUCAUUCAAGUGGCGAGAUUGCUGCAGCUUAUGCAUCAGGUGCCAUCUCAAAGGAAGAAUCGAUUAUCACUGCCUACUAUCGGGGAUUUAUCCUCAAGAACUAUGGGCCAAAGGGAGCCAUGGCGGCUAUCGGACUUGGUGCCACUCAAACAUACGGGCUUCUUAGGCCCGGCGUGAACAUUGCCUGCGAGAAUAGCCCGAAUUCUACGACCAUUUCUGGAGAUCGCCAGACGAUAUUGGAAAUUGUUGAAGAUCUCACGAAUGGAAACGAAGCCAUAAUGGCUCGGACACUCAAGGUCGAUGUACCCUAUCAUUCACACUAUCUUGACAACCUGGCACCGACGUAUCUGAAUCUACUGAAUUGUGAACUGAAGCACCGGAACCUUGAUCGAAAAAAGCUGUUGACGUCCAUGUACUCAAGUGUCAAACCAGAGGACAGUGUCACAGUUGAGGUUCUAACGCCUGAGUACUGGGUUGCCAACCUGUUGUCGCCAGUGAAAUUCGAGUCUGCCAUCAAACAAGCUCUCCGUGCACACAAUCAGAGUUUACUUGUAGAGAUUGGUCCACAUUCAACCUUACGUGGGCCUCUUCGCGAAAUAUGUUCCCAUCAGAACAUAACGUUCCAGUACUGUUCGACACUCAACCGGCAUUCUAGCGGCAUGCACCGUCUUCUGACAGCACUCGGAACUCUUUUUCAGCACGGCAUAGAUAUCAAUUGGGAUAGAAUCAUCCCAAAGCGCUCCGUUCUUACAGACAUUUCACCUUAUCCUUGGAAUCAUUCGAAAAGGUUUUGGUACGAAAGCAGACUUAGUAAAUCAUGGAAAAGUAGACGGUUCGGCCAUCACGAACUACUCGGAUUACGUGUAACAUCAACUACAGACAUUGAUCCCGUCUGGCGAGUAAUGUUAAGCGUAGAAGCCGUCCCAUGGCUCGUUGACCAUAAAGUGACCGGCGACGUGGUCUAUCCCUUUGCUUGUUAUGCGUCCAUGGCUGGAGAGGCGUUUCGUCAGAUAAGUGGAAUUAAUCAAGGGUUUUCUAUUCGCCACAUGGAAGUUACCACUGCAAUGGUCUUGAACGUCGAAGAGCCUGUAGAAGUUGUAACUUCGCUGCGUCGCUGCAAAUCAGAAUCAGCGGUCCCCUCGGAGAACACAUUCCAUUUCUCUGUCUCCUCAUAUAGCAUGUCUACAUGGGUAGAGCAUUGCACAGGACAAGUGGGUCCGUCGGACAAUCGGAAAAUUCUCCAGCAAUCCAACCACAAAUUGUUACGAAAGGUUGAAAUAAAAGCUUGGUAUGCCGCUUUAGCACGAUUGGGACUCAGCUAUGGCGCGACGUUCCGCAGAGUCCAAGAGCUAUCGACUUCGACAACCGACACAGUUGCUGUGGGAUGCAUCUCGCACCCCCCGGACGCCCGGGCCGGAGCAUACACCGUACAUCCCACUGUGAUUGAUGGAAGUCUGCAAAUUGGGUUAGCUGCUCUGACGAAAGGUUUGGUCAGAAACUUUGCGCAAUCGCAAAUGCCUACACACAUUGAGAGACUUGAAAUUUUCCAGGGCAGUCCGAUGAUGCAGUGCACAGCCUCGUGUUCUGAGGAAGACUCUGCGGUCUUGAUAUCAGCAUCUGGAAUUGAUGGAGAAUCUUGCUUUCUUCUCCAAGGAUUGAGACUCAAGGAAGCCCCUCCCAGUACUGAAAUUGGCAAACGUGGUGAUCAUCAUGGCGGCGCGCGUCUGCACUGGGUUCCGGACUGCAGAUUUCAGGAGACGUCUUCCCUCGUUAAAUCACCAGACACCAGUGUGAAGGAUAGGCAAACUAUCGAAGAAUUCUCUAUGCUUUGUAUAGUCGACUCGAUUUCACGUGUGAGGGAUAUGACGCCCAAAAAGGAUCACUUAUUGAAGUAUCGCGCGUGGUUAGAAUGGGUUGCCGAAGAGGCUUUUGAUGGGAAGCACCCUGUUCUCAGAGACACUGUCCACGUCGCUACUUUAUCCUCCGAAGAGCGGCAAGCUCGCAUUGAGGUAUUAUACAAAUGCGCAUUGGAGUCUUCUACUAUGGCAUCUUUUGCAGAAGGUAUUUUCAGGGUCUACUCUAAUAUUCAAGACCUAUUCACCGGCCAGGUAGAUAUCCUGGAGCUCUUACUACGCGAGAAUACUCUAGGAAAGAUCUACGAUGCAGUCAGCUUCGACUACAGCCGUCUGGUAGAGGCCUACGCGGACCAGAAAUCAGACCUACGAAUUCUUGAAGUUGGAGCGGGUACCGGUGGAUCGACCGAACUUAUCUUGCGCGGACUGCAACC